AUGGCAACGAAAUCAGCUCUUUCAGUUUAUAAAGGAUUAUUACGUGAAUUAUCUAUAAAUAAUUCCAAAUUUUCAUAUCGAUCAUUACCAGUAUAUUUAAAAAUAAAAGAUGAGUAUCGUCGCCAUCGUCCAAUAACAGCAAAACAUUGCAAGCCUAAUGAUGAAAUCUUAUUUGUUGCAAGUACUUAUUUGUCGUAUUUGGAAAGUGCACGUAAACGAAAAAUAAUUCAAUCAAUCUAUUCAAAAGGUGAAAGAUCUGUUCAACAAGCAGCAAAUAUUGUUGGUUUAGCACUACCAGAAAUAAUCGAUCGGCCAUAUUUACCAAUUGAUCAACGAUCCCAACAAUAG